AAUGAAACAGAGUUUCCAACAGGAAAUCAUCAUGACAAACAGAGGAAGAAACUUUUCAAGAAGGAAACGUACUCUGAGCACAGAGCUGGUUCAACAGAACUAGUGUUUGUAAGUCAUGUUGUAAAUCCGUGCCACUUCUAUAUUCGGCGAUACUCACAGAGGAAAGAAGGUGCUUUUUUGGAGAUGAAAUUGAAUAAUUUCUGUUGUAAUAAAAGUUCAUAUUUCUUGCCUUCGGAUAUUUUGGAACCAGGUGUUAGAGCUUUCAUAAAGAGGAAGGAAACCGGAAUGUGGUGCCGUGGAACUAUCACUAAACUAAUUCCCAUAAAAACCAAAAACAAGGAGAGGACUGGUGGUCCGAUGAGAUGCAGAGUUUGUGAUAUCGCAGUGAUUGAAAUAUUUCUGAUCGAUUUUGGGAGUUCUGAAGUAUUUAAUUUCUCAAGAUACACUCCUGCUGAAAGACCUGAUCUUGCUGCUCUACAAACUAUUGAAACAGAUGACAUUUGCUUGCUUAUGAGGAAGCCUGAUCAACGUAUUGAGGCUGAACUUGCAGCUGUUCCUCCCUUAGCAGUACUGUGUUCAUUGAAAGAUAUUGUUCCUAAAAAUGCAAGUGAAGGCUGGGGAGAAGAAGCAAAGAAAAUAUUUCUAGGAAUGGUAAAUAAUAAAGUUGUUUUAAUGACUGUAUUUAGAGAAGAGGACGGCGUCCUCUUUGUGGAUUUAAGAAAACCUCCAUGUAAUAAAAUUUGCAGUGACAUGCCCACAUCUCUCAAGGAUACAUUAGUUUUUUCAGAUGUGGCAAGGUUUAAAUCACAUCUUCCCAACCACUUAGAGAAUAAUACGGUGUUGCAGUAUAGUGCACCUAAGAUGCCACAAGAAAGAGAAGUGUUCUCUGUCACAGUUUGUCGUAUUAAUAGUCCAAGUGAUUUUUAUCUCCAAUUGGCAGGUAGUCAGUUGGAUUUAGCAUUUCCACUGAAAAUUGAGGAAAUACAAGAACAUCGGAAUAGCAAAGACAAGACAGUUGCUUGCCCAGUUGAAGGCCAGGUUUGCGUUGCAAAACACAAAAGUGGCAAUUGGUACAAAGCUCAGAUCAUAGGGUUGCCACAUCCUGAAGCAGUUGUGGUUAAGUACAUUGACUUUGGCAGCAUUGCUAACAUACCUCUUAAAGACAUACGUGAUACAGCAGAUGAGUUUCUGAGCUUUCCAGGAAAGGUGAUCAAGUGCAGGCUGGCUUACAUUGAGCCUUGUGAAGCAGCAGGUGAGUGGAGCAAAGAAACCACAGGAAGGUUCAAAGAAAUGACUGAAGAUAAAUCUAUGGUGUGCUCAGUUGUGGAGAUGUUAGAUAAUAUUUUGUCUGUUGAACUUUUUGACUCCCGUGCUGCUUGUGGAAGAGGCUCAAGUAUUAACUGCCAGCUAGUCAGAGAAGACCUUGCAUCCUACAUACCUGGGUACAUUAAAGGUACUUCUGCAAGUUCCAAGGAAACAUGGGACAUUUCUUUGGAAGAAAUUCCUGAAAAACUGAGAGCUUUAAAUCCUGUAAACACGAAAGCCCUGGAGAGUCAGGAUUUCAGAUCACUUUCUAAGAAAGAGUUACAGGUGAUAAUUAGUCACGUUGUGUCUCCUAGUAAAAUUUUUAUCCAGUGGCUGUCAUCAGAAAGCAAACUGAAAAGUUUACAGGAGAAGAUGGAUGCCUUCUACACAGAAUCCCAGCCCCAGUCUGUGAAGUGGGGAAAUAAUAUGCACUGUGCUGUUUAUGUGCAUGAUUUGAAACAGUGGCGUAGAGGACGGAUAAGCAGAAUUGUCUCUGAAACAACUGCUGAGGUACUACUCUAUGAUUCUGGAGCGGAAAAAACAGUGGAUAUCAGUUGUCUGAGAGUACUUCAGGAAGACAUGAAGAGAACUGAAACAUUAGCAAUAGAGUGUGCCUUAGCAGAUAUAAGACCAACAGGUGGAAGCACGCAGUGGACAGCAACAGUGUGUGAAUGUAUAUCCUACUACCUAACCGGGGCAAAAGCGAAAGUAGUAAUACAGGAAACCAUUCAGGGGAGCACAUUGCCUGUGAAAAUCCUUUGGAAGGAUGAGGCAGGACAACUGAUAGAUUUUUCAGAACACCUUAUUGAAAGGGGUUUGGCUUUUAGAAACACAAGAACUGAUAAAGCUGCUGUGGCUUAUGCAGUCCCUGUGAAACAUCCUGAAGUACGUUUAGAGCAAGUGAACCCACAGGUGAGCACUUGUAACUCAGAACCUGCAUGUGCAAGAAGCAGCUCUGCUGAACAGGAAGACAUUAAUGUUUCAAAGAAUGAAGAGAAGUCCAAACUGCCUUUGGAAAUGAAUAAAACAUACAAACCCCCCAUUAUACCUGAAGAAAGAAACUUUCAGGCUGUAGUGAGUUGCGUUGGAAAUGAUGGAACUCUUUAUAUAAUACCAAAAUCAUCUGAAAGUGAACUAAAGAAAUUGAUGGUUGAAAUACAAAGUAACUUUAAGUGCCUUGGUCUUCUGGAACCCUAUUCCUGGAAAAAGGAAGAAGCUUGUGUUGUGAGAGGGUCAGAUAGCCUUUGGUAUCGAGGUAAAGUUGUAGAGCACGGUGGUGGUACUCUGCAGGUACAGUACGUAGACAGUGGUUGCCUAGAGAGGGUCCCUCAGUGCCACCUGUAUCCAACUACAUUGUAUACCUCUAUUCCUCCAUUUUGCAUACCGUGUCAACUCUACAAGACAACACCAAUUGGAAGUUCUUGGCAGCAGGAUGCAGUGGAUCUCCUUCAAAAGCUACUUAGAAACGAGGAGGUUGAAAUACAUGUUCAGGAGCUCCCUGAUAGUCCCUGGGGAAAAUUGUCCAUCUGCCUGUAUUUCAGUGGAAUGUCAGUUUCUUCCUUCAUGGCAGACAAGAAGUACUGUGUUGUUGAUGACUGUCAGGAAAUAGCAAAGCAGGGGCUGGUUGAAGGACGCACUCCUGUUUUGCCUUCAUACAAGUUGCCGCUGCUACCUGUUCAAGGAGAUAUCUUUCCUGUCAGGAUAACCCAUUUUGUGACCCCUAAGGAGGUAUAUAUCUGCCUUAAUCCAUCUGAGAACCUUACCAAGCAGUCUGCCACAGAGGGAGAUGUCAGCUGUUUCUCAGAGUUGAAGACCCUUGAUGAAGCUCUGAAAUGGUGCAAUAAAUACGUGUAUACUCUUCCCCUUCUCACAGACUUCAGAACAGAAAUGCCUUGCCUUGUAGAAUACGAAGAUAGUUUAUGGUAUAGAGCGAAGCUCCAGUCUGUUGAAGAAACUGACACCGUUAAGAUCCUGGUUCAGUUUGUUGACUAUGGCAAUUUUUUAGUUGUCCCAACAAGCAAAUUGCGUCAGAUACCUCUUCACUUGCUGAAGUAUCCUGUUCAGGCAGUACACGCCAUGUUGGCUGGCUUUAAGCCUUCAUUAUGUGAUACAAACGUAGAAAGAAUUCCUUACUGCCCAGAAUGGAGUGUAAAAGCAUUGUGGACUAUGAUGGACUCCGCGGAAGGAAAACAGCUCUCUGCUUCCAUACUUUCACUUUCACCAGAGGUCACAAUUUUCCUGUAUGACGAAGAACAAAAACUAGUUCAUAUGAAACUGAUAGACAUGGGACUUGCAGAUUUGGACGAAUGAAGUCAUUUGUUCUCAAUGUCUGUGCCAGUGGUUCUCAGACUGUGUUCUCAUCUGUGAUUGUUUAUGAAUGUCCAUCCAGUCAAACAUGAAACAUAGCAAAGAGAAGCUUUACAGUAUGUGUUGCCUACAGAGAUACUGAAGGGCUACUUCGUUCUGGUUUUUGGAGGGGUGGUUGGUUUUGUUUCUUUUUAACCAACUCAGUGUUGCGUAGUUCUUUUCCCUCCCAUUUAUUAAGCACUCUUUUUAUCUGUGUUUUCUCUGGUUCUGAAUCUUGAAAUAAUUGGACUUCCUCUAAGCCACUUUUGACCUUAAAGCCUUAAGUACUGUUCUAUCAACUGUUUUUGUGAGAGCAGAUGGAAUGAGUGUGAAGUAGUGAAGAAACAGAUACGGAAGUAAUGUUGGGGCACCAUUGAUCAUUCUAAUAGGUGAAGGGAUGAUGAUGCUAUGGUAUAACUAGUUUAUAUUUCAGGCAUAUUUGAUGACUCUAGUGCUGCAGUACUAGAGUCUGGAACUAGGAAUGAGCAGGUGGGAGAGGUGGGAAUGUUACUGCUGUUGUUGCAAAACACAGUUGCACUGUUGUGUUUUGGUUUCAGUACAAGAUGGAUGCGUUUUGUUGUUGUACCUUUUCCUCCUCCCUUAUCUGCAGCAUUCAGUUGAAAGUGUUAGAAUAAAGAGGAGCUUGCUCAGCAUGAAA